CUUCACUUCACCACCGGAAUCAUGAAUCAUGACAAUCUCCUCUCUAUAUCCAGAACCAGUUCUAGCAAAGUAAUCUCAUCAGAUUACAUCUUCACCACCUCGUUUAUGAUUGAUCCUAACUCCGACGACAAAUCCCUCGUCGGAAACGGCUCUCCGGUGGCCUUCCGACGGUUCUCCGUCGCCCGUUCGGGGUUCUCGAAACUUAUAAAGUCAUUUCACAACGUUAUAUCUAUCCACACUAUCCUUCCCACUUUCCGGUGGCUGAGUUUGCCGUCGCAACUGUCGGUUACUCCGUCGCUAGGGCGGAAAGUAACCGGCACGUUGUUCGGAAACCGGAGGGGACAAGUGAGUUUUGCUGUGCAGAAUGACCCGCGAUCCGCACCAGUAUUAAUCAUCGAGCUGGCCGUGUCCACGGCCACGCUCGUGAAGGAGAUGGCCUCUGGGAUGGUGCGGAUCGCGCUUGAAUGUGAGAAAUUCAAGCACCCCGUGCACAAAAACAUGGUUGUGCGCGGGGGUAAGCUGGCUAAAGAGCCAGUGUGGACUAUGUAUUGUAAUGGGAGGAAGUGUGGACACGCCUCGUUGAAGGCGUGUUCGGACUCCGACUGGCACGUGCUGAGCACGGUGCAGAGUGUUUCGGUUGGAGCGGGCGUGAUUCCCGUGCUAGAAGACUGUAGAAAGAAUAACGCUGGCGGUUCCGAGGGUGAGUUGGUGUAUAUGAGAGCCAAGUUUGAGCGAGUUGUGGGGAGUCGUGACUCGGAGGCGUAUUAUAUGAUGAACCCGGAUCAAAAUGGAGGGCCGGAACUCAGUAUUUUUAUGCUCAGAAUUUAAUUUCUAUAAAAUUUGAAUUAAGGAAAUGUUUGUUAAAUCGUCAAAUUUAUUGUCAAUUUUAUAAUUUUUUUUUUCCCGAAAGGAUUUUGUUACGUAAUUUGAUAAUGGUAUUAGGUUUGAUGUUUAUAUGGUGUGAAUUGAAAAGAUAUAUUAGAAUUUUGAAUUUCAAGAUGUACGAUUGUACGUGAUGCAUGUAAACAUGUAAUUUUAUUUGCUUUUUUGCUUGAUUAA